ACCAUUAGCAAUCACUAUCGUGCACUCCCUUUGAAACUUGUUGGCUGACAACGCAAGAGCGUGCGUUGACGUUCUGCUUGUUUAAAAUAAAUUUCAGACAAGUUCGCAGCAUGUCGCGCAGGAAAGAAAACGAGGAAACGGACAAGCAGACGCGUAUUGCCAUCGUCAGCGAUGACAAGUGCAAGCCGAAGCGUUGUCGGCAGGAGUGCAAGAAGUCCUGUCCGGUGGUACGCAUGGGCAAACUGUGCAUUGAAGUGACGCCCACGUCGAAGAUAGCAUCACUUUCCGAGGAGCUGUGCAUCGGAUGCGGUAUCUGUGUCAAGAAAUGUCCGUUUGAGGCCAUUACAAUCAUCAACUUGCCCAGCAAUUUGGAUAAGCACACAACGCAUCGGUAUAGUAAAAACUCGUUCAAGCUACAUCGCCUGCCCAUCCCAAGACCUGGUGAAGUCCUCGGCUUGGUUGGCCAAAACGGUAUUGGCAAGUCGACAGCGCUGAAAAUUCUUGCUGGUAAGCAGAAGCCGAACUUGGGAAAAUAUGCGAACCCACCGGACUGGACGGAAAUCCUGGCYUACUUCCGAGGUUCCGAGCUGCAGAACUAUUUCACUAAGAUCCUGGAAGACAACCUUAAAGCCCUGGUCAAGCCUCAGUAUGUGGAUCAGAUUCCAAAAGCAGUUCGUGGCACUGUUGGUGACCUGCUCGAUAAAAAGGAUGAACGAGAUCUGCAAACGAAGAUUUGCGACAUGUUGGAUCUGUCCCACAUUCGCGAUAGAGAAAUUGCGCAACUUUCUGGUGGAGAGCUUCAACGAUUUGCUAUUGCAAUGGUGUGCAUACAGAAUGCUGACAUUUUCAUGUUUGACGAACCGUCCUCUUAUCUGGAUGUUAAGCAGCGUCUGAAUGCUGCCUUGACUGUUCGCUCGUUGCUGCAUCCUACCAAGUUCAUAAUCGUUGUGGAGCACGAUUUAUCUGUGCUGGAUUAUCUGUCAGAUUUCAUCUGUUGCCUGUAUGGUGUGCCCGGCUGCUAUGGUGUUGUGACUAUGCCUUUCUCGGUGCGUGAAGGUAUCAACAUCUUUCUGGACGGUUUUGUGCCAACGGAGAACAUGCGUUUCCGUACGGAGUCGCUUACUUUCAAGGUAUCCGAGUCGGCCACGGAGGAGGAGAUCAAACGCAUGAAUCAUUACGUUUACCCCUCAAUGGUUAAAACAUUGGGCAAAUUCGAGUUGACCAUAGAGAAGGGUCAUUUCAGUGACUCGGAAAUCCUGGUGCUGCUUGGUGAGAACGGAACGGGCAAGACAACGUUUAUUCGCAUGCUCGCUGGCAAUCUGCAGCCGGAUGGUGAAGUAGAGCUGCCAAUGCUGAACAUUUCGUACAAGCCGCAAAAGAUUUCACCCAAGUUCCAAAAUCAUGUGCGUCAUCUGCUGCACGAGAAGAUUCGCGAUGCCUACGUGCAUCCGCAGUUCAUUGCGGAUGUCAUGAAACCCAUGAAGAUCGAAGAGAUCAUGGACCAAGAGGUGCAGAACCUCUCUGGUGGUGAAUUGCAGCGUGUAGCCCUGGUGCUCUGCUUGGGCAAGCCAGCUGAUGUAUACCUUAUCGACGAACCCUCUGCAUAUCUGGAUUCUGAGCAACGUUUGGUCGCCGCCAAAGUGAUAAAGCGUUACAUUCUGCAUGCCAAGAAGACUGGCUUUGUAGUGGAGCACGAUUUCAUUAUGGCUACAUACCUGGCGGAUCGUGUCAUUGUUAUUGAGGGUCAGCCCUCGGUGAAGACCACUGCGUACUCGCCCCAAUCUCUGCUCAAUGGCAUGAAUCGAUUCCUUGAGCUGUUGGGCAUUACUUUCCGACGAGAUCCCAACAACUUCAGGCCGCGCAUCAAUAAGAAUAACUCGGUCAAGGAUACGGAACAGAAACGCUCUGGACAGUUCUUCUUCCUGGAAGAUGAGGCUGCGUAAUUAUGUACAGAAUUGAUUGCCGUCAGCUUUGUUUGAGAACUCGGGUUUAUUCGUUUUACUGUACAAGCUAAUCGCGUUUUUCUCUUUAAAAGUCACUUUAUCGUUUUAUUGCAUUUUUUAACAAUGAACACAUCUUCAAACAU